AUGAAAAAAAUUCGUCAAAAUUUAACUUAUCAUCGUUUAGAACUGAGUCAAAUUAAAGAGCGGAUAUCUAAAUUACGUGAAGAUGAAACAUUUUGUUUGUCUGAAGUUGAAUACAAAAAAAGUCAUUCAUAUAAUUUUCAAUCUUGUAAUAAGCUGACAAAAAAAAUUGCCAAUCAGUGUUACGCUUACAAGUCACAGCUACGUGAAAAUGAUGAGUAUCGAUCAAAAGAAAAUAUAGCUAAUUUACAGAGAAUUAGUGAGUUAUUGAAGGAUAAUAACUAUCGUAAAAAAGUAAAUAAAAAUAAUCAAAGACGAAUGUCUCAGGUGCGCACAGAUAAAGAUUAUCGUAAAAUUGAGCGUGAAAAGGAUAAAGAUUUCAAUACAUCUAUUCGUCAAAAUCCAUUGAAACGAAAAAUUAUAAAUGAUAAUACUAAUUCAUGCCAUAAAAAAGCUCGGAUUGAUCCUGUAUCAGGUCCAAAAUUACGUCACCUUGAGAAAGAAGCAAAGCGUAAAAAGCGGUUAAACUAUUUAUUGAGUCGUAGAGAAAGCUAUCUGAAGAAUACGUUCAAACAAUCUAAGAAUGAAUUUAUUUGUGAUUCGUGUUGGAAUUGUGUAAGAAAAUGUAAUAUCCCAAAAUUAGCUGCUACAAAAAAUCUCUCUUUUAUAGAGACUCCAGAUUAUUUAAAACGAUUAAGUCCACUUGGAGUAAGAUUAGUCUCACCUUGGUUACCCUUUUUAAAAAUUGUACCCCUUCAACAGUUUACAAAUCAUCCACAAUUAUCAUUGAAAGGAAAUGUUGUAAACAUCCAAGUUGAUGUUGGAGAAAUGAUUAAAUGUUUACCUCGUCGACCUGAAAAUGCCCAAGUUAUUCAGAUUAAAAUUAAGCGUAAAAUGCAGUAUGACCGCAGUUACAUGGCUGAAUCUAUUAUUGUAAAAGACGUCAGAGAUUCGUGGAAAUUUUUACAAAAUUCUAAGUUGUAUAAUAUUUAUGUAAUUAAAGAAAAUGAAGAAUUAUUUUCGCAAUUUUCACAAGAAAAAUUUUCGUCUAUCGUCGAUGAGAAUGAUAGAAAAUAUUUAUUGGACCCAGAGAAUGAAUUGUUUAAAAUUUUUUCUGACAAUGAUGACAGUAAUGAUGGCAAUAAUGAGUGUAAUGGUGACCUUGAUUUUGAUGAUGUUUUAGUUAUUGAUCAAAAUCGUGAAAUUGCAGAAUCCACACGGAUUAUUGCACCUGGAGAAAAUAAAACUCCAACAUCCAUGUACGCUAUUCCUCAUUAUGAAAUUUUGUGUAAUCCUCAAAUCUUUGGUGGUGAUGAACCUUUCGAUGAAGCGAAGACUUUAACUGUUAAUGAAAGGCAUAAACUUUGGCUAACUCAUAAAGACCCUCGUUGUCGACUAGAUCCUACGUUAGUUCUCCAACUUGGUCAAAUGACUGUUGAAAAACGAACUAGAGAUUCCUUAAAUUUUGUUACUCGCAGGGGCUUAAAGAAUGAAUCUGUAACAGAUCACGAUAUCUUAAAGACUGAUAUAGUUGACAAGUUGAUUAAUAAGGAUAAGGCGUAUAAAUUUUUAAAACCAGUUGUUGGUUCUCCUGCUUAUUCAGAAGACAAAAGAAAAUUCAUUUAUGGCUCAAAGGCCUUAAUUUAA